UCUGCCGCUUUUCUCCACCGGACUCCUUUUGGGGACGGACACUAACACCGCAUCGCCGUCUCGCGGACAUUCGCGAUCGGUUUUAAUCCCCUUAAAGAGUCCGCUCGCCGCUCAUUAGCAUGCAGAACAUGUUGACCCUCCUCUCGAACGCGCUGUGUCGGAUCACUGGCAGGACUGCGGGAGCUCAAACUGUGUCUGAGGCCGCCCGUGUCACCGCUUCCCGCUCCUUCGCUGACUUUACGCCUCAGGCGACUUUCGACGUCAAAAAAUGCGAUCUCCACCUCUUGGAGGAGGGGCCUUCUGUGAGUGUGGAGCUAACGCGCGAGCAGGGCCUGCAGUAUUACCGCACCAUGCAGACGGUGAGGCGCAUGGAGCUGAAGGCCGAUCAGCUCUACAAGCAGAAGAUCAUCCGUGGGUUCUGUCACCUGUAUGACGGACAGGAAGCUUGUGCUGUGGGCGUCGAGGCUGCCAUCAACCCCAGCGAUCACCUGAUCACUGCCUACCGCGCGCACGCCUACACGUACACUCGCGGCGUGGCCGUCAAGGAGAUCCUGUGCGAGCUCACGGGUCGGAGAGGCGGCGUCUCCAAAGGCAAGGGGGGGUCCAUGCAUAUGUACGCGCCACAUUUCUACGGAGGGAACGGCAUCGUGGGAGCACAGGUUCCACUGGGUGCAGGAAUUGCUCUGGCUUGCCAGUACAAAGGCAACAGUCAGUUGUGCGUGACGUUGUACGGCGACGGCGCAGCCAAUCAGGGGCAGCUCUUCGAGGCCUUCAACAUGGCCGCUCUCUGGAAGCUGCCGUGCAUUUUCAUCUGCGAGAACAACCAGUACGGCAUGGGGACGUCGGCGGAGAGGGCGUCGGCCAGCACCGACUACUACAAGCGGGGGGACUACAUCCCGGGGAUCAGAGUUGACGGGAUGGACGUCCUGUGCGUGAGAGAGGCGGUCAAGUUUGCGGCGGACCUCUGCCGAGCCGGGAAGGGUCCAAUUGUGAUGGAGCUCCAGACCUAUCGUUACCAUGGACACAGCAUGAGUGACCCUGGUGUCAGCUACCGCUCUCGGGAGGAGAUCCAGGAAGUGCGCAGCAAGAACGACCCCAUUGCGCUGUUGAAAGAGCAAAUGCUCAGCAAUAAUAUGGCGUCUGCUGAGGAACUGAAGGAAAUGGACGUGGCCAUCCGAAAGGAGGUGGAGGAGGCAGCGCAGUUUGCGACCGCUGACCCCGAGCCACCGUUGGACGAUAUGUGCAACCACAUCUUUAAAAACGAUCCCCCGCUGGAGGUCCGCGGGACCAGCCCCUGGUCUAAGCUUAAGUCUGUAAGCUAGGACAGCAGCUGGACUCAAUAAGACCAUGACUGGGACUUGUGCCUGUCUGUCACCUAUUUAAAUUCAAAUGUAUUUAUUAUUACUGUAUUAAUGUACUCCACAUUUGUUUUCAUUGUAAGGAUUUCAGCUUUGAGUUUUUACAAGUCAGAUUGUUUAUUUAAAGCUUGAUAUGAGUAUUGUGUUGUACCAUAAUACAGGUAGAUGUUGAUCUUAAGCAAUACUUUUUUUUUUUUUUAUCCAAAUUUUCAAAAGGAGCACUUUAAUCAUUGUUGUCAAAAGUAUGUUGGUUUUACAGCAAGUAUUAAUGUUUGCACCAGUUUUUGUUAUAUAGCAAUCAUACUAUUUGUGGAUACUUCAUGCUACAUGAGGUGGCAAAAAUAACAUGUAUGAAAUAUAUGCAGCUUCUUGUUUGUUUACAGUGGAGUUGUUGCUUACCCGUAUUGCAAACAAUUUGAACAUUUAUUCAAUACACUUGACAAUUCAAACAUGGAA